AAACGAUAUUUAUAUAGAAUAAAUAAUAAUAUUUUUUAACUGGUGUUUAUAACCAAUGCUUAUCAAAGGUUGAUUCCUUAAGUCUCCUUCCUCUUUGCACCUCCCAUUUCCAAUCUCCUCACUCACAUGAGUUUAGUUCUCUGAAAUUUCCCUUUGCCAAACAUCCAUGUCUUUCUUGUUGUCUGGUUGGUCUAUAUAGAUACUGUGUGUCAGAAUUUGUCAAAAAAAACUAAAAAGUUGAGAUUUUUGUCCUUGAGAUCAUUUCUGGGCAACUGGCCCCCCUCUGUGCCAGAAAAUCACAUCUCUCUUCAAUUCCUUCUCCCCCCUGCUCAACUAAUUUUUCAUUUGACCCUCUGAUCCAUCCAAAAAAGGAAAACCCUGUACGACAGUUGGUUAUUAUAUAUAUCUUCUUAUCCACCUUCAUAUAAAAGAAAACCCUAGAUAGUUAAUACUCUAGAAAAACCCAUCAUGGAUUCUCAGCACUUGAACCCUAGUUCUCUUAAAUCCAGGUUCACCGCAAGGUUCCUUAGGGCUCUGAUUAAAAUAAAUGCUCAAAAACCUAUAUCAUCAUCUUCUCCCAGAGAGAUUUUCCAACGUUAUCGAAGAAUUAAGGUUGCAGCUGACAAGUCCAUGGCUUACUCGGUUAGGUCGAGGAGAACUUGGAGUAGGGCAACGCUUUGGAAGCUCCGAAGCCGGUCCCGUAGUCGUUUAGCCUCGUCAGGCCGAAGAUCAUCGGUCAAGACCCGUACUACCACUACUACUACAACAACAACUACAGCCACUAAUCAUCGAGCUGCCAUCGUGGAAAAAACAAGCCAUGAAAAAGAAAACAAGGAAGAUCAUGUUGGGCUUGCUGUCCAAGCUGAGGAGCUAAGAGAGCUUGUUCCAGGUGGUGAAUCCAUGGAUUUAUGCAACUUGUUGGAUGAAACUGCGCAUUACAUUAAGUGCCUCACCACACAGGUACAGGUGAUGAAAAAAAUCGCCAAUCUCUACUCCCUUGAGUAAUUCCAUACAUACAUACAUAUAUAUACUUAUUACAUCAAAGUUAUAUAUAGAAUAAAUAUGCAUAAAUCAGAGGAACAUAUUGUUGAAAGGGAAAAUGAUUCAUACAGAGAUGAUUUGUCUAAGAUGGUAAGUAUUUUUAUUUUCUGUAGAGAGCAGAUAUAUAGGUAAUUGAGAUGAAAUAGUUUUCAAUCCGAGGAACUUGCAUAAUCUUUGUGAGAUAUUGGGAUUUUCUUUUUAUCAUUUCUAUAAACUGUUUCUUUAGUUAA